AUGUCUCUAUUAGUAGUAUCUCCAUGGCUCCAUGAACUUGUAUUCCAGCCAUCCAUGAUCACCUGCUUUGCCGGUGCCGUCAUGGGAACUCUCCUGACCCUUCUAAUCACUUAUUACGUGCUGUUCAUGCGAUGUUCCUGUCGUUAUUCUCCCGCCAUGAUGUAUCAUCGCGAUCGAAGACGUCGUCUCCCCGAUACCAUCAUUGUGAUUCGACAUGGCGAAUCCGAAGCCAACGUCGACAAGUCUCUCUGGAAGACCGUUCCCGACAAUCUACUGGGUUUGACAUCCAAGGGACGACGGCAAGCACGGACUGUGGGAAAACGAGUGGAAGCCUUGUUGGACGCCAAACAAUCCCAGCGGGUGCAUUUGAUCAUUUCUCCGUUUGAACGCACGCUGCAAACGGCACACCAUCUGCGACGUUAUUUCGAACAUCGCAUUGUGCGAACGGAUAUCGAAUCCAGAGUUCGAGAACAAGAAAUGGGCAACAUUCAAGGAGACGAGUUUGCACAUUACCGGCAACAACAGGUCCAAAUUGGACGAUUCUGGUAUCGAUUCCCCACGGGAGAAUCGGGAGCCGACGUCUUGGACCGGGUCAAAUCCUGGUGGUUUGAAUCCGUAUUGACCGUCAAUACGCGACCGCACUACGAAACAGUCGAUACACUGGUGGUAGUCACCCAUGGAUUGACCAUGCGCUUUAUUCUCAUGCAAUUGUUUGGAUGGUCCCCCACCACCUUUCAUUCCGUCUGGAAUGCGGGAAAUUGUGACAUGUACGUCCUCCAAAAGGACCUCGACAAACCGGGGCAUUCUCCGUACAUUCUAGAUCCCACGCAGGGAGACAUGCCCUGCAGUUCCAUUGAUGUUCAAGUCACCUUGAAAAGAUCCAACGACAACAAGAAUAAACCCGAACAAAGAACCCUCAAACUCAACAAUUACCUCAGCAUCCCUCCACCUCGCAUGACGCGCAAAAGCAUUAUCAAACAUUUGUUGGCCGAACAGUACCCCAACAUUAUUUCGUCACACAAGGAGAUUGAUGAGAUUGUAUUCAUGCCGUUUAUGAAAGCCGGGAAAAUUCGGGGGCGAAGCAGUUCGGGGGUCACUGCGUCUGAUGAAGCCAGCAGGACGUGUGGUGAUCGCAGCAAAGCAGCAGCACGAUCCAGUGACAGCAGCAGUGGGAGUGACGAAGACGACAGCAGCAGCAGUGGCACCAAUUCCCAAGCCGCCAAUAAUGGAGAAGCGACUGAAGACUCUUUCUUUAAGCAUCGUCCGGAUAAUAACCAAGACGAAUUGUCGGACGACGAAGAAGAAGAUAUCGAUGACGAACAACUCUGGUCGCUCCAUUCCAAUAGACGAGCCAAAAGGGAAGCGUCGUUGCGAUAUCCGCAUUGCCAGAUGAUGCCGGGAAUGAAGUCGUGGUAUUGA